AGAUGCUUGGAAUGGUAUUGGGAUCCAAUUACUGCACUUUUCCAACCUUACAUCUCUUGUCUAAACUUGGAGCAGGCAUAUUUUUGUUCCUUGGUGACACUAUAUAAAGAGACAAUUGGCAUUGUGUUUGCUGGCUGACUGGUUGGCAGAGAAGGGGUGGCAGGAACAGCAGCACCAUGGCUCCCAAAAAGGCAAAGAAGAAGAUAGAAGGUGGCUCCAAUGUGUUCUCUAUGUUUGAACAAACCCAGAUCCAGGAGUUCAAAGAGGCUUUUACCAUCAUGGAUCAGAACAGGGAUGGCUUUAUUGACAAAGCAGACUUGAGAGACACGUUUGCUGCACUAGGUCGUCUGAAUGUCAAGAAUGAAGAGCUUGAAGACAUGGUGAAGGAGGCGCCAGGUCCUAUUAACUUCACUGUCUUCCUUACUAUGUUUGGGGAAAAGCUGAAAGGCACGGACCCAGAAGAAACCAUUCUGAAUGCUUUUAAGAUUUUCGACCCAGAAGGAAAAGGCCGCAUAAAGGCAGACUACAUCAAAGAAAUGCUGAUGACACAGGCAGACCGGUUCAGUCAAGAAGAGAUCAACCAGAUGUUUGCUGCUUUCCCUCCAGAUGUCUCUGGUAACCUUGACUAUAAGAACCUCUGUUAUGUUAUCACCCAUGGUGAGGAGAAGGACUAAGAGCAGAGAGAUGAGCUUCUCAUCUGGUGCUGCACCAAGUUAUUUCAUAAUGCCUUUGUGUGCAAGACAAAGGGCUGAACAUCCAGUAUGUGCAGCCAUGUGGUCAUCAGAAGAGAACCAAUAAAACAAUUGAAAUUAGAUUAAAGAUAUUUAAUGCUCCUGUUUUUAUAAUAAUUUAAAAUAAUAAUUUUAAAAUAUCAAAAUACCAAUUUUGUGAGGGUUUUUUCCCCCAUCCUUUUUAUUCUCCCUGUCAGUGGUUUGAAAUGGAAUUUUGUUGAUGAACUAGUGCUUUUUUGAUUUAUUGACAAACCUAAUGUUCACCAGAUGGUCCAUUGGGCACUGCAGUGUUGCUUAACCUCUUGUCUUUUAUACAUAAGUUCCAUGUAUUAAUUGAGAAAUCCUCUAACUUAUUGCACCAGGAAGAAUAUCUGGUAAAUAGAAUUAUGUUCCAUUUCA